AUGGCCUCGGCACUCAAAUCGAUCGACACUGCAAACGAACACCCCCUUGACCCGAAAGCCGUGAGACUCACUCUCAUUGGCACCAUCCCCCUGCUGGCCAAAUUGCAGAAAUUGCCCGAGCUCGGACACCUCCACCAAGCUAUUGAGAGUCUACGUGCGGAAAACAAGACAGCCCACGAGAGCAACAUCCGCGAAUCGAGAACCAUCAGGAUUGCUAUGCAGCAGAAUACGGCCGAACUGAAGGAAACCACCAACACAACGCGCGCAGCCAGCGCGGCUGCCAAGGAGGCUUGGAAAGCCAGCGAGCUGGCGGUCAAGGUCGUGAAGGAUAUCAAAGCACUGGAGCCGAUGAAUCAGGGGAACACCGUGCAGUCAUAUGCCAGCGUAGCCGCCCGAGGAGGACUUGCAGGGAGCAUGCAUAACCCCUGGAACUAG